AUGGUUCGAGAACACCGAGUCGACUCGUUCUACGCCAAACUCCGCCACUCAGCCCACUCCUCCUCCUCCUCCUCCCCCGUCCUCAUCUUCCCUUCAACCUCCGAUGUCGAUUCCCUCUGCGCACUCAAAAUCAUUUUCAAAAUCCUCGAAUCCGAUUCCAUUCAAUACGCUUCUUACCCUGUUUCUUCCUUCAGCGAGAUUCACACUUACGCAACUGCAUCUCAAAACGACGGUCCCAUCUCCGUCGUUUUAAUCAACUGGGGCUGCCACAAAGAUCUUCGCAAAAUCUUGAAACUAGGUCCAAACGCUCGUAUCUUCGUUAUCGAUAGUCACCGUCCGAUUCAUCUUCAUAAUCUCAGUGACCAAAACCACGCCGUCGUUGUUUUAUUCACUCAAGAAGAUGAGAAACAAGCAGAUCUGGCUUAUGACUUCGAGUUUCCGCUUACCGCAUUAGCUAAUGCUUCUACAACUAUUGAUUCAGACUCGGACUCAUAUUCCGAGUCUGACUCGGACUCGGACUCUGACUCCGAGUCUGAUUCGGACGAAGAAAAUGGAUCGGGAAAUAAAAGAAAAAGAAAACGGGAUUCUGAAGAUGGUGAGAAAGAUGAAGAAAAACAUGAAGAUGCGGUUAAGCUCUAUAGAAAGAGGAAGAGAGAGUAUUAUGGAUUGGGAACUUUUCAUGGGAAGCCUUCUGGGUGUUUGAUGUAUGAGCUAGCUCAUUUUCUGAGGAGGAAUACUGAUGAAUUGCUUUGGUUAGCUUGUGUUGCGUUGACGGAUCAAUUCGUGCACGAGAGGCUGAGUGAUGAGAGGUAUAGUGAUGGUGUUAUGGAGUUGGAGCAGUAUAUUAAUAGUUCGGGUAAUUUGGAUGCGGUGAAUUCUGUUACGCUUAAGGAUGGAACGAAGAUUAGGGCGCCGAAUUCUUCGCGAAUUGCUUAUGAGGAUGAGCCAAAGCUUAUGCUGUUGCAGGAGUGGAAUUUGUUUGAUUCGAUGCUUUGUAGUUCAUAUAUUGCUACAAAGUUGAAGACUUGGAGUGAUAAUGGAAUGAAGAAGUUGAAGCUUUUGUUGGCGAGGAUGGGGUUUGCGCUUACGGAUUGUCAGCAGAAGUUUCAGUAUAUGAACGUUGAGGUAAAGAGAAAGAUGAAGCGGGAGUUUGAGAAGUUUUUGCCUGAGUAUGGGCUUACUGAUCUUUAUUAUCGGGGUUUUUUGCGGAUUCAUGGUUAUAGUUCGAGAGUUUCUGCUGCUGAUGUUGUUUAUGGUGUUACUGCACUGUUGGAAUCGUUUGUGAAUUCAGAUGGGUCUUGUGCUUCAAUGCAGUUCAAUGUGGCGUUUGAUGCUCUUUCGUUGAACAAUGUUGAUAAACUCAAAGCUGGGAUGCAACAAGCUAUUAAGGUUCAGAGAUCGAUAUUGAGGCAGGGGAGUCUCGCGAUUAUGAAGAGCGGUUGUAUUAGAAGUGGAAGGAAGUUUCGAUGGGUGAAGCUUGAGGAUUCGACGGAUUCUAAAUUGUUGGGGUACCCUCAAGCUUUGACAAAGUUUUGUUAUUUUCUAAUGGAUGCUUUGAGAGAAAAGGGUGCGAGGAUGAAGCCUUUGAUUUGUGCUUGUGUAUCUCAGGAUCCAAAUAAAGUUCUUAUUGUUGGGGUUUGCGGGAGGCCUCGUUUGGCUGCUGCUCAAGGGAAUGCGUUUGGGGUUGCGUUUAGAAGUGCGGCUGAGGACGUUGAAAGUGAGUUUUUCCAUGAGAUGUUUGAGUCAUCUUGGAUUGUGUUAGAAUCUAAAUUUCUUAAUUCUUUCAUGGUUAAGUUGACCGAGAAACUUUGA